AUGGGCCUCUCUGUUUCUUCCUUAUUUACCUCUUUCGCGUCUUUGCUUCGAUGGAGUAAAGAUCAAGAUGUCCGUAUACUGAUGUUGGGUCUGGAUUCCGCUGGUAAAACGACGAUUCUGUACCGGCUACAGAUAGGCGAAGUCGUCUCUACAAUACCCACGAUCGGUUUUAACGUAGAAACGGUCGAAUACAAAAACAUCAAAUUUCAAGUAUGGGAUCUGGGGGGACAAUCAAGUAUUCGGCCAUAUUGGAGAUGUUACUUCCCGAAUACAUCUGCCAUCAUCUACGUCAUUGACUCUUCCGAUCAUGACCGUCUACAGACAUCACGCAGUGAGCUCCUGACAAUGCUAUCAGAAGAAGAGCUGGCAGGGGUACCUCUGCUCGUCUUCUGUAACAAGCAGGAUGUGGACGGCGCUUUGAAGCCAGAGGAGGUCAGUGAAAAGCUAGGCCUAGCUGGCGGAGAGAAGGGUCGGGACUGGAGUGUGCGGGGCAGUUGUGCGGUAAAGGGAGAAGGUUUAGAGGAAGGUCUAGACUGGCUGGUGAAUGCAAUACAGAAAAAGUGA